GCAGAUCUAUUUAUGAUCUGUGGAGAUAGCGCCAAUAGCAGCAAGACCAUCCUGAAUAUUGUGAACCCUAAUGCGUGCUGCGUCCACCUACUCUCCUGUGUGGGAGCAACUGGGAACAAUCUGUUGAUGACUUUUUCCACAGAAUAUCCUAGAAGGUCUGUCCUAGAAGGGAUUAACAGUAUUUCAGGACCACCAUCGUUAAGGUAAGCUAUUCUAUUUCACAUACUGUUCAUCAGUCUUAUUACAGAAUAAUUUAUGAACAAUUCACUUCAUUGUAUUAGGCACAAUACAUGCAUUGUUGUACUGUAAUAAUGUUAAAUAGGGCCAUCUGAGACACAUUGUGGAACAAAACAAACUACCUAAUGUGUUGCAACGGGGUAGAACACAGAAAUCUAAUGUUUUUGACAUAGUGAAAUGAGGGUGUAUCUGACUAAAAUGACGUGUGACUUCUGACUGAAAUUACUACUGAAAUGACUGUACUGAAAUUAGUUUUGUACUUCUAUCCUUAGAUCUUGAACAUGGGAGAGUGCAUUUCAGUCCGUGUUUUUCUGAUGUUUCUGGCCCUAAUAAGCUAUCUUAUUGCGCUGACAUUCAACAUAUUGGCUCUAUUUGGGCCCUGGACAGGUGAAUUCUUACAGCCCACUUUAAGUCAAUGACAUCUGUUUGAAAUAUCUAAAAACCAAUUGCAUCCGAAGGAAUGUUUUGUAACCUGUGUGUUUGAACAUGCAGGUGCUUUCAUGCAAACCACACAGUAUGUGCUGAGCAAGUCCACAACGCACCUAACCCCGGAUAGAUGGGUACUCUUUUUAUGGGAUGUCCUUAACAUCUGGUUGAUCGGCAUGUUCAUCUAUCUGAUACACAAUCUCCGUAGAAGGUACGAUACUUUCCAAUAAAGUUAAACUCUCGAUGACACUACAACAAUCAUGUAAACAUUGGUCCUUCAGAUAAUUUGGUUAUUUCUCAACCCAAACCCUGGCUGGAAUUAAAUCAGCUUUGCACUGGACAUUAGCCUGGUCCCAGAUCUGUUCCUGCUAUCUUGCCAAAUCCAUGCCAAACAUGACAAUUCCAUAAGGAGGCAUCCAGGCUAAUUGGCCUCUAUUUAUUCACCUAGGUGAGACAAAAAAAAAAAAGUGCAGAAAGUGUGAUUUUUACUGUCCUGGCUAGGGGUGCAGAAUUCCAGUAACUUUCCCAAAAUUCCCAGGCCUAGUUCUGGCCCAGAUGUUGAUGAUGAUGAUGAUGAUGUUGUUGUUGAUUUUCAUGAUGGUGAUGAUGAUGAUGAUGAUGAUGAUGAUGUUCCUGUUCCUUAGGGAAGCCUAUACAUGGAUGUACACCACUCCUGCUGUCCUGCCCUAUGGAUUCUACUUGUCCUGGAUCGUAAAUAGCGUUUUGAAUAUGGCAUGGUUAUUUCUGUACGACAAAGAGUAAGUGAUGAUAUUAUGUGUAUUUACUGUACAAUUAUAUACAACUCUUUAAAUGUUUUGAGUUGUUUUGAGUUUCUACAUUGAAUUCAUGGCAAGGAAAUCAUUUGUAUAGCUGUAUUUCUCAAGACAAAUUACGUUUUCUAGUUUCUGUGUUUGUCAUAGAAAGAUGGUGCCAACACUCCUGAUCACAGCAUUACAGGCCAUCUCAAACUGCGUGAUUAUCAUGUUCUCCUGCUACGGACUGGUCGUCUAUGGAGCGUGGCUCCACAAAUAUCACAACAAUGAUCUCUGGCUCAUUCGAAUACUGGUACAACAACUGUUUUUUCUAUGAUUCUCCAAGAACUUUGCAUUGCGUAACACAAACCUUCCACAAGUGUGACUUUUUGGUACAGAAAUGUGCUAUCUGUUUAUGGUGUCCAUAUUGUGAAGCCUCAGUUUCAGCAGGACUGAAGCUGUCCUAAUACGGACACCGUAUUUGUUAACUCUUUUACAGGUGCAAAACGGAGUGGCUUUGUAUGCAACAUGGUGGGCUGUGGCUACCUUUUUACACUUGACUGUUGUUUUAGACCAUCAAACCCCAAUACCCAAGACAGAUGCUGCCAUAAUGGUCCUAGUUCUGCUCCAAUUGGGACUCAUAGGAUGGUGAGAGUUUGAUCCUACAUUUUAUCUAACCUCUCAAUUCAGUGGUGUUGAAUCAAUAAACCAUACAUUUGAGCUUUACCAUUAGAUUUUCCAUUGAACAGUGGAUUUACUUAAUAUACAUAAACUAUGACAAGACAAUGAUAUAGUGGCCCAAAGUGGCAAAGUAGCUUUUAAAAUUGUGUGACAGCUCGUGCACACAAAGCAAGUACCUGCAUUGUGUGCAUGCUGUAACUACAUUUUAAAAGCUAAUUUGCCCCUUAGGGCCACCAUACAAUCACCAGAAACCUUUCCUUCUCUUACCUUUUUUGAAGCAUGGGACUUGAUGCAUUAUUGAUUUAUAUUUUCUUCCUCCUUAUAACUCUCUCAGGUUUGUCAUAGAGAACUGGUACUUGGAUAAGCACGUGCGUUACAUCCUCACAGUGUAUCCUGUGGUGAUCCUGGUGUUGGCAGCGAGUGUGGCCAAUCCAGCCACGCCCGGUACCCACAUAGACAUCAUGUCUGGUAGGCCCUAUGUCUUGACUGACUCCUAAACUGACAACUAGAGGAAGAUAACAUGUGUAGGGUGUCCAUAUUUGGACAGCCUGUCCUAAUAUGGACACCGUACGUAUGCAUUAUUAGUAGAUUACCAUCGGUAAUCUUGUAAAAGUGUUUCAUCCUUAACUGCAAAUGAUACGAUUAGAUAAUGUUAUAUUUACUGUAUGUAAGUAUGUAAAUAUAAUGAGAACUGAGUAUACUUAAAUGCUAUUGGCAAUGUUUACACUAUCUUCACUACUAGACUAGUGUCAAUGUUAUUCUUGUAUCACUGUCUGUAGUCACUGAACUGACUUUCCCAUGGCUCUUAUGGCUAACAUACCUGAUGCCUCAUCUCCUUUUCAGCUGUCAUCUUGGCCAUAACCAGUGUCAUAUUCAUUGUACGCAUUGUCAUGGUGUUAUGGAAGCACAAGAACAAACCGUUUUACGGCGAAGAGGAGCUCAUGUCUCCAGUGGACAUCGCCAGAACACAGAAGCUCAUCUUUAUGUAGGAAGAAGAGAGCUGUUGCGGAUAUUCAUGUCCCCCUUGUUUGGAUGUUGUUUUCCUAAACAUUUAAUGGCUGAGACGUGAUCAAACUCUCCCUGUGUUGGAUUCCUAAGGCUUUGCUUCAGCAAGACAUGUAGGUGAAGAUUUAGGCUAAUAGUGCCUUUGUACUGUACAGAUUGAGCUCAUAACCAUUGGCCAUGCUAAUGUCUUUCGAAAUCAUAUCAAUUACUGUGUGUGAUAUAAAACUAUGAACCGGAAUUCUCUCAUGACCGCAAUGCUAAUUCAAUGACAUGAAUGUGAAUUUUAGAUUUUUUUCUAUUAAUCUUGAACUACCACCAUAUUGUUUUAUACCAUGAUAUGAUCUACGUUUGUGUUUUGACGUUUUCCUUUAGGUGCAUUCAUGUAUGAAUGGAGCAAUAGAAAUAAAG